AUGGUAGGAAGACUCCAUAGACAACUUAAAGCGGCAAUCAAGUGUCACAGCAGCGAGCGUUGGACCGAAGUACUUCCUACCGUUUUGCUGGGAAUCAGAGCCGCAUGGAAGGAAGUUAUUGAUAGUAUAUCUGCCGAUCUAACCUAUGGACAACCACUACGACUGCCAGGGGAGUUUUUAACACCAAGGACCAACGACGACAUGGAAGAUUUUGAUGCUGACAUUAGACAACUCCGUCAAGAUUUUCAAGAAUUACAGCCAGUACCAGCAAAACAAGUCUUUGUACGCAACGAUGGCCCAAAACAAUCACUGCAGGCGCCAUACGAAGGACCAUUUCCGGUAGUUAAAAGAACAGCGAAAACUCUCACGGUACACAUCAAAGGAAAAGAUGUAGUUAUUUCUGUGGAUAGGGUGAAACCAGCCUAUAUCCUGCCGGGCAAUCGUGAUAAUACGGUGAUAACACAAACUUCAGCAUCGCCUCAACAGCCCAACCAAGGCGGUUCAGCAACAACCCGAUCAGGCCGAAGGAUAAGGUUCACCGACCGCUACCAAGCAGGAAAUCCUUAA